AUGGCAAACGAGACCCCACUGCAGGCCAUUAGUGGCAUCUCCAUGUCGCUUCUCAUAGUCAGUGCUGCUGGCUGGAUUUGUCUCGUCCCAGGAUUGAUCUCCGUUUGGUCAAUUUUAGUCAUCAAAGUUCUGCACAUCUUGAACAGCGUUUGCGACGAGUUGCAAGCACAGUCCGAGAAGAAAAAGCUCGACGAUCGACAGAGGGCAGAGAAUCAUGCCCGUUUGUUUCUAAAAGUAGAGCAGGAAUUAAAAUCAGCCAUCUUCAGGAGCGAGGAUCUUGCACGAGCAAACCAGGUCCUGACUGAUGAGAUUGGCAAUCUGAGGGCCACAGCGGAGCGCGACCUAGCUGUACACAAUGACGCUCUUAGACAGGUCGCAAUAAGGAACCUAGCCACGGCGUUGAAACUGGCGAUAUCGAAGAAAGGUCUUGAAAAACAGCUCGCUCAAAACAAAGCACUCAAGACUUGCAAUGCUCAGCUAGCUGGGGAAAUUGACGCUCAAAAAAGACGAAUUAGAGCGUUCGAAGUGCGGACUAGCUAUCUUGAACAUGAGAAAGAGUCUCUGAAAAAUGAGAUCGAAUCGCUAGAGAAAAAGCUAGACAAUGAACGCCCUGGCACACGCGAAACUAUUAGUCUCGAGCUGCCCGAGAAUAUUGCUCUUGUGAAUCCACUAAGUCUCCAUCCUGAGGCUGGAGGGUUUACCUGCAUCGGCCUGACGCAAAGGAACAGGCGUUGUCAAAACAGGGUAGCUUUAACAGAGGAUGCAAAUGGGCAAAAUGCUGUCAGAAUCCUGCAACAGAUGCGAUCAGAAAACGACCCAAAGUUAUUCAAAAUGGAGUCGCUGCACGCAUUGGCAAAAAUGAUGCUUUGCAAAAGAUGGCAUAGGGAAGGUGUGCACGACAACAGCACGCGAAUUGCACGCGGCUGGGUUCGUGACGCCAGAGAGACCGUCAAAAGCCAGACACGAAAUUGGGAGCGCGAGCAGUACUUCGUCACAUCGAUCACGAAUGUGGUCUGA